AUGAGCCUGGAUUCUCUGCUGCCGAUUGCGCCCGCGAGGGUCAAGGCACUGGCGCUGCCUGUUGGGCCCAUCAAGAGCGAGAGGUUCGCCGGCUUCCUCGAGAGGCUGCGCGAGGAACAUGUCGUCCACCUGCGCGAUGUCACCCCUGAUGGACGGCCAAAUAGGAACAUGUUCUCGCCGCUGGCCUUCCCCGACGGUGCCAUGUUCUACGAUCUCAGCACCCACGUGCCGCCCCCCUCGCACCUUGCGCUGUCGCCUUUUGACCUCUAUCGAGAGCCACUCGCCGUCGUCGCCAUAGCCGACGGCGCAGAGCUGAACCGCGGCGUCUUCAGCAAGCGCCACUCGCCAAUAGCGCCGACGACGACCGAGCAGAACGUUCGUGCUUUAUACCAGGAGCUCGAAGAUCUCCGAGACGGCUUCUCCAAGGCGCUCGUCCACCAUGUCCUGAUUUUCGACUUUGUCGCUCCCUCCGACAGCUCCAUGCCCAUUCCCCAGGGCAUCAUUACGAUUCCGCCGAUCGAGGCUUGCAAAAGGACAACACUGAAAACUGUCAUGUGUGACAUUUCCUCUCUCCUCCUCGCCGAGAUGACAACGCUGGCCAAGUCGUUCGAGGCCAUGACCAUCAUCGAGUCCCCCGGCAGCUCCUCCGCGGCACGACAAGCCAACGGCACGUCGUGGGGCGGUGACGAGGCGGGCACCCUCUCGAGGCGCGCCUCGCAGCACGUCAUGCCGACGAGCUCCCGAUCAAGCUCGACAAGCGGCCUGCCCGAUCGAGGUCUCGCGCGCAUGUCCAUGCCUCCCGUCUCCUCCAAGACGUCGUCCUUGCCCUCCAGCAGCUCCACGCCUGAUGGCCCCUCGACACCCGCACGGAGCGGCCUCUCGAACCCUCCCACGACAUUUGACGAGAUAUCCGGUGGCGGCUUCAGCGACCCCUCGACACCAGAGCCAAAGUCGGCCACGCGCGCUGGGACCGACGAGCACAGCCGAGCGCAGAGCCAGGACCGGGUCUCCAUCCAGGGCUUCGGGCCCGGCGGCAUGAACGAGCGGUGGCGCAACAAGGGCCGCGGCAGGGUCCUCGUCAUCCUCGGUUCUCUGUACCUGCAGGCCGGCCGCUGGAGCGAUGCUCUGAAGGAGCUCUCCGAGGGCGCGACGGUGGCGAGGUCCAUCAACGACCACGUCUGGCACGGCAAGGCGCUCGAGCUCAUCGUCGUGAGCCUGCUGCUCCUGGGAUGGGCCCGCAUUGAGUUCCAGGUGCCGGCCGUCUGUCUGCCCCAGGACAAGGCGAGCACGGCGAGCCUGGCGGCCAACGACGCCGCCACGCCGGACGACCCCUUGCAGCCCAAGUAUCUGCGCAAGCUUCAGGUCGCGCUGCCGGAUCUGCUCGAGCGCAUCAUUGGGCUGUAUUCGAGGAUAUCUGCCGAACACCUGCCGCCGCUCCCGGCAGCCGAGGUGACGAUUCGAUUUUGCAAGCUCCUUUCUGCCCUGCACUUUGCCGACGGCAAGCUCGGAGACCGGGCCUUUGAGAUGAUGGUCUACGGGAAGCUUCCGGAGAAGCCCCUGACCACAGCACCGCGUCUGACCAUCUCGCCGACCCGCCAGCAGAUUGUGAGCCAGCUCUUCCGCGCCUUCCCCUCGUCGGCGUCAGAGCUCCUGACGGUGAUUGAUCGAGCUACGAUCCUCGCCGGCAUCGCCUCCGUCCUGGGGCCUCUGGGCCACCAACGAAAAAAGGCCAUGGUCCUUCGCGAGCUCGUGUCGGUGCUCAUCGGCGGUCUCGUCGAAGCCCGUACGCGCGGCGCCGCGGACGUGGGCAUCCAUCCGGCAGCGGGCCUCGUGGCUCUCAACGCAGCACAUGGCCGCAGCAACGGCGCCAUGGCUCUGGAGCUCGGCGAGGGUGAUGUCGAACAAGGCGUCGACGCCUUUCUCGGCAUGCUCUGCAGGUCGUAUGGUGUCGUGGGUUACGAGAUGCACAAACCAUCGGCGGAGACGGCCCAGGAAGACGCCGCGCUCGCCCGGAUUCAGGGCCAGGCAGCGGCGCGGUUCUUUGGGUUUCCCGGCAUCAAGCUUAACAUUCUUCGAGCCUGCAUCAACUUUUCCGAGGCGCUUCCCGAUUUCAACGGCGUGCUCAAGUACUCGAGCGAUCUGCUGCGGUCAGCAGGGUCCGGCGUGGCGCCCGGUCCGCGUCGCGAGGAUGCCUCUUCGUCGAUAUCACGUGAAGAGCAGAUGCGGCUGGCCACCAACAUCUCCAAGACGUCGAAUCUGACGAGACGGCUGGGCCUGCAGCACCUCGCAGCGGAGUACUGGGACGAGUUCCUCGUUAGAGACGUGAGCCUGGACCUUCUGCCGAGCACGAGGAUUCCCGUGCCCCACGCCAAGAGCACGCUGCCCGGCGCGGCGGCCGCGCGCACGUCGCAAGACGUCAACCCUUUUAUCUACAACCCGUUCCUCAAGGAACCCGACAAAGCAGCCAUUGAGCACAUCCUGAUGGCCAACGAGCCGGCGACGUUCAGGGUCACGCUGCAGAACCCUUACGACGUCGAGGUGGAGAUUGAGCAUAUCCGCCUCGACUCGGAGGGCGUCGACUUUGCGUCCUUCUCCGACGCCAUCGUGCUGGGCCCCUACCGGACGCAGGUCGUCAAGAUGACGGGCAUGCCCAAGGCGGCCGGCGCGCUGAGCAUCACGGGCGCCGUCGUCCGCAUCCACGGUUGCCGCGAGCGGAGCUUCCCCAUCUUCAAGCAGCCCUACGCGCCCGAGGGCGAGGCCAAGGUCAAGGCGCUCGGUGCGGCGGCUCUCGAGGAGAGCGUCGCGUCGGCCGUGGCGAGGGCGCCUCAGCUGGCGACCAAGACGAUCGGGCUCCACGUCAUCGCGCCGCAGCCCAUGGUCGUUGUCAAGUCGACGACGCUGCCGCAGUCGUCGGUCAUGGUGCUCGAGGGCGAGAAGCACGUCUUCUCCGUGACGCUGGAGAACCUGUCGGCGACGACGCCGACCGACUUUAUGCUCUUCUCGUUUGAGGACUCGACGCAGGCGGCGCUGCAGGCGGCCAUCAGCAACCGCGACGCCACGCCGGCCGAGCUGUACGAGUACGAGCACAUGCUCGUCAAGCGCCAGGCGCUGCGCCGGCUCGACAAGACGACGAAGCGCUUCAUCGCGCCGGGCGCCACGGCGACGUUUGCCUUUGAGAUUCUCGGCAAGCCGGGCCUGACGAGCGCCGCGCUGCAGAUCGACUACGCGCACCUCGGCGUCGCCCCCGAGGCCAUUGUCGACAAGUUCCACACGCGCCGCGUGUCGCUGCAGCUGACGGUGACGGUCAACGCCAGCGUCGAGCUCGCGCGGCUCGAGGUGCUGCCGCUGCACGGACGCAUGCCGGCGGCGCUCUGGCCGUCGCUGGGGGGGGCCGGCACGACCCUAGAGGACGAGGCCUCGUCGUCGGACGACGAGUACUGCCUGCUGACGAUGGAUCUGCGCAACGCCUGGCCGAGCCACGUCAAGGUGACGGUCGAAAACGACGACAAGGACGACAAGGAGGGCGACAAGGACGGCGACGGCGGCACGACGACGGUGGAGGAGCACAUCCUGCCGGGCCACACGGCACGCGUGGUGAUGCCGCUGCGGCGCGUGUUCCUCGAGGACCCGCACGCGUCGAUCCCGGCGCUCAACCCGUCGCGGCAGCGCCAGUUUGUCGUCAGCACGAGCAAGAUUCCGCCCGACGUCGAGAGGGUCAACCGCGAGGCGUUCUGGUACCGCGAGCGCAUCCUGCGCGGGCUCAGCGCGCGGUGGACGACGACCUCGGGCCCGCGGCGCAGCGGCUUCGUCGAGCUCCGCGGCCUGCGGCUGACGCCGCGCAUGCUCGAGGCCGUCAAGAUUGACGACGUCGGCGUCGACAUUUCGGUCGGCGGUGCGGUGCCGUCUGGGGGCAGCACCAGCACCAGCACCAGCACCAGCAACGAGGUCGUCGUCGACGCCUUCUCGCAGCUGCGCGUGCGCGUGACGAACCGCACGGCGCAGGCCAUGUACCCGCUGCUGCGGCUCAUGCCGUCGCUGUGCCACCGGCCGCUCAACGUGGCGCUCGACUUUACGCGCAAGGUCAGCUGGAACGGCACGCUGCAGCAGGCGCUGCCGGUGCUGGGGCCGCGCGCGACGACCGAGGUGGUGCUCGGGUUCACGGCGCUGUGCCGCGGCGCGUUCGAGGUGACGGCGUCGGUCGAGGAGUACCAGGUGUGGGAGGCGCCGGCGAGGGAGGCCGGCGACGGCGGGACGACGGGUGCGACGGAGACGGAGAGCGCGCGGCGGCCGCGGUCGGACACGCAGGUGAUGCUCGACGCGGCGCUCGGCGUCAAGGAGCGGCGCAUCUGGCACUCGCGGCAGCCGUGCGUGGUCGUGGCGAGGGACGCGCCGGAGUAG